ACACAGGCAGGCAGGCAGGCUGGACAGAGGAUCGAUUGAACCGCAGGCGGCUGUGUGGGUGAACGGGCGCUUCGGGUGAGCUGCGCGGGCAGGAAAACUCACCCUGCCUUCUUCGAGGCGGUUUCUUCCUGGACUGGAGAAGCGAGAGAGAGGAACGCGGAGGGAGGAAACCGAAGCCCCGCGAACCGAGAGCAGGAAAGGCUUUGGUUGCUCGAGGGCCGCCAGGCGCUGCGGGGGCCUAGCGGGAGUCAGGGCUGUUCUGAAAGUUUGACUUGCUCCCCGCGUCUUUCCCCCGCGUUCUGGGUCCCUGAUCCAGCAGCUCCCACCGGAGGCGAAGAAAGUAGCCUGUGAAGUGAUUCAGCAGCGUGGCUCAUUUCCUUCCCUGCUCCGAAGGCAGAAAGGGACUGAGUUGGGGUUGGUGCAUACACACCAGCAUGGGCCAGCAACUGGGGGACCUGGGCUGCCCUGUACCCUGAGGACUGCGGGGUUCCAAGUCAGCUGGGACUCGGGAGAGCCCAUCCUGACUUUUCUGAUUUGAAAGGGAGGAAGCCUCCUUCUCUUGACUUAGCUGGAACCUGCCAUGUCCAGAGGGAUGAAGUUUAAUGGGUACAUGAAAGUGCGCAUUGGGGAGGCCGUGGGGCUCCAGCCCACCCGCUGGUCACUCCGGCAUUCACUGUUCAAAAAGGGACACCAACUGCUGGACCCCUACAUCACAGUGAGCGUGGACCAGGUACGUGUGGGACAGACCAGCACCAAGCAGAAGACUAACAAGCCUACUUACAAUGAGGAGUUUUCUGCCCCUGUCAACGAUGGGCGCCAGCUGGAGCUGGCAGUCUUCCAUGGCACCCCCAUUGGCUAUGAUGACUUUGUGGCCAAUUGCACUGUGCCCUUUCAUGAUCUGCUUCAUAGCACUGGGUCCUCUGACAGCUUUGAAGGAUGGGUGGAUUUAGAACCUGAAGGGAAAGUAUUUAUAGCAAUAACCCUCUCAGGCAGCUUCACUGAAGGAACACUCCAGAGGGACAGGAUCUUUAAAAACUUCACACGGAAACGCCAAAGGGCCAUGCGCAGGAGAGUUCAUCAAAUCAACGGACACAAGUUUAUGGCGACUUAUUUGCGGCAACCUACAUACUGCUCACACUGUCGGGAAUUUAUCUGGGGAGUAUUUGGAAAGCAGGGAUACCAGUGCCAAGUUUGCACAUGUGUUGUGCACAAGCGUUGUCACCAUCUCAUUGUUACAGCUUGCACAUGCCAGAAUAAUAGAAACAAGAUGGAUAUGAAGAUUUCUGAGCAAAGAUUUGGAAUCAAUCUCCCGCACAAGUUCAGAAUCCACAAUUACAAAGUGCCAACCUUUUGUGAUCAUUGCGGCUCCCUCCUUUGGGGAAUCCUGCGACAGGGGCUACAGUGUAAAAUGUGUAAAAUAAAUGUACAUAUUCGAUGUGAAUCCAAUGUAGCGCCGAACUGUGGGGUGAAUGCAGCAGAACUGGCCAAGACAUUGGCAUGUAUGGGACUGCAACCGGGAAAUAUAUCUCCAAAUGGGAAAUUAGUGUCAAGAUCAACACUGAGACGCCAGAAAAAGGACAGCACAAAGGAUGGCAGUGGAGUGGUGGAAGUCUCAGCCAGUAGGCUUAAAAUUGAAGAUCUAAUAUUCAUCAGAGUGCUGGGAAAAGGCAGUUUUGGAAAGGUAAUGCUGGCUAAAACAAAAGAGACAGGAUAUCUUUAUGCCAUCAAAGUGUUGAAGAAAGAUGUAAUUCUUCAAGAUGAUGACGUGGAAUGUACUCUAACAGAGAAACGGAUCCUGACUUUGGCAAGAAACCAUCCAUUCCUCACCCAGCUUUUCUGCUGUUUUCAGACUGCUAAAGAAGAACGAUUGAAGAAAAUAGGAAGCUCACAAAUGAAGGUCUAUGAGUUCUCAGUGCAGUGA